AUGUUGUGGGUGGACAAGGUGUUGGAUAAUGAAGUAUCUGCAGCGGCAGUGGGGCUGCUGUUGCAGAUAGAGCACCGAACGAAAGUCGUCAGGGAUCAUGUUGAAGCCGUUCGUGGUAAAUGUGACGCUUAUGGCUGCGAUGGUACGGACGUGUUGAAGGAUUCUAAUUGUACAGCUGGAAUGCGACUCAAGUGGCCGAUUCAGCUGCAAACGUGGGUAACUUCAGCCGUGUUCAUUUAUCUAUAG